UAAGUUCACAAUUAUCAAAAUUGACGACGUGUUUAUUUUGUUGUUUUCUUCGACAAUUGCAGCAGACAGUGGAAGUAUUAUUUCUAAAUUUUCACAAUUAAUAGACUAAUAGAGUAAUAAUCUGUGCAAAAAUAUAAUUUCGAAAUGAGUGCUGACUGGGAUGAGAUUAAACGUUUAGCUGCAGACUUCCAGAAGGCACAACUGACGUCGACUCUGCAACGCCUUUCUGAGAGGAAUUGUGUCGAAAUUGUUACCUUAUUGCUGGAAAAGAACCUACUCGAAGCCUUCUUUACCAACGAUGGCAAGGAGUAUAUUACGCCGGAGCAACUAGAACGUGAAGUACAGGAUGAACUGUAUGUUAACGGCGGCCGUAUAAAUUUAGUGGAAGUCAGCAAGACACUGAAUGUAGACUUAUCGCGUAUCGAAGAAAUUGGUUCACGAAUCGCUGAAUCAGAUACAGAAAUAUAUUUCAAGUUGGGACAAUUGAUUAGUGAGCAGUACAUCACACGUAUCGCCGAGGAAAUAAACGAGCGACUGUCACAGAAAGGUGAAAUAACAAUCUCCGACCUAGCGCAACAAUUUGAUUUACCUUCGGACUUUCUACAGCAUGAUGUUGUCGAGAAGCAUUUAGGCAAGAUCAUACGUGGGCGACAGGAUACUGCUAAUCCUCGCGUAUUCUUCACUCAAGCUUACAUACAGCGUUGCAAAGCUAAAAUACGUGGCGCUUUAAAGGCCAUAACGCGUCCGACGAAUGUUGCCACUAUCUUGCAGCAAAUUAAUGUGCAAGAAAAAAUCUUCCAUUCUUUGUUUGAUGAAAUUGCGCCUGCUGGUAAUGUGACAUCUAAGCAGCCAAAUGCACAAUACAUUCCACAUAUCUACACUAAGAUGCAGGCCGACUGGGUCAAUUCAUUUUACAAACAAAACGGCUUUCUGGAGUACGAGGUCAUUAGCAAGUUGGGUGUUUCUGAUGUGAAACAAUUUAUACGCAAGCAGUUUCCAAACGAAGACAUUAUUUACUUGAAACGCUGUGCCAUUGGUUCUAAAAUUAUUGAUCUGACGGUGCUCAGCUCAUUGAAUGAGUGCAGCGCUACGAAAAGCUUUGUAGACCUAGCCACCAUACUGCCUUCUAAUAUGUCAGAGGAAGAUAUUGAAGAGGUUUUUGAGACGAUAAUUUCACGGAAGGGCACAGCACCGGGUAACUUUGUUUUCCUACAAAGCAUUGUAUUUUCACAGCAAUAUUUGAAUGACCUCAUUCAGCCCUGUCACAAUAUUGCAAAUGCCAAUGCUAAAACUGCAGUUGAGAGUGGAGUUUACCAGCAAUACUUAGCUGAGAAACAGCUUUCUGGCAAAUCAAAUUUUGUCCAAGACUUCGAGGAUGAUUCAAAGGCUGAUAAGCGCGAAGAACGACGCAAGAAGGCUGCCACCGGAAAAGCAGGCGGGGGCAGCCAGGGGCGUGAAACUAAGACCAAGUCAACUAAGAAACACCAGCGUGGAGGGCGUGGUGCUGCUAAUGCUGCAGAUAGCGAUGAUGAACAAGAUACACGUACAGGGGUAGGCAAGAAAGCGGCAAAGUCAUUCGAAUUAGUAAAAGUGGAAGAUAUAGUGAAGACCAUCAACAAGACCUUGGAAGAGGAAGGAUUGGAAUAUCUCUCCGACACUAUUGCUGCACUUUAUUACAGUCAAUUAAAUCAAAUUGCACUCGCCAAGGCGCAGGAACUGUUCGAAGCAACUCCUCAAACUAAUCGACGGCAGACACAUGCUGCCAUACAGGAGCGCAUCAAUACGUUAAUCGUUGAUUUGCGUUUAUACGAGAAGGGUUUAAAGCUAUUACCCGCCGACACGCAGACUCAGCUGAUUAAAUAUUUGCUCAAAUCCCUUGGCAAUGAUAUUUGCAAUGAACUGACCGCCUAUAUUGCUAGCGAAAGCAAUUUAACUACGAAAAUCACCAACCUCAAUGUCGAUCAACGCAAUAAAAUAGCACAAGAAUGUGAUCCUCAAUAUAAACUAGUCUUGUUUGAACUCAACAAGGCGCUUAAUAAAACAGUAGACGAUUUUGUUGCUGCCAUUGAGAGCGCGCUGAAAGCAUGUAGCAUGAUCAUCAAGAAAGUGGACAAGAAAAAAGAUCGCCAACUGAUACUGCAACACAGAGAAAAACUUCUCCAACAGCUGCAAGAGACCGUAGAACCCGCUUUGGUUCUGCAUUUAGUAUCUUUAAUACUUUUUACAACAGUGACUGGUUGUAUACUCCAUGCUUCCGGUAAAUUCGUAGCACAAAUAUUGGCCUUUGUACGCCCCAGUUUGAGUAAUGAGCAAAAUGAACAACUUAUGCAAUACCACGAUCUUGUUUUAAAACUAUUACAAGCUACGGAAGAUAGCGAUGAGGCGAAGCUCAUAAGUGAACAGUUGCAAAGUCUACAGAAUGCCAUUAAGGAGUUGGCAGCAUGCUAUGAAAAGCCGGGCACCUCGAAAACAGAAUAAAUGCUGGUGCAUAUACAAUAUGAAUAAACAAUACCAGUUUGGGAGUGAUAUGCCUUUUUGUAAUGCAAGUCAUUAAUAAACAUAUUUAAUCAUCGCUUGAAACUAAUUUUUUUUAUUUAUUUUACAAUAAAUCUACUUACAUUUACCGGAUUAUCGCAAAACCAA